AUUGCGUUUUGCGGGAGGCGGAGCAUUUGUGAAAGGCUGGAUAGUUUGAUAAGACAGAAAGCACUGAGCUAUGUUUUCAUGUUGGAGCCAGCUGGAGUGCAGUUUAGAUAACAGGCGUCAUAUAAAGGUGACAAGAUGAAGGGAGUCUAUCUUGUGGAGCCUGCUGUUGGGCUUUACUCCUUCUCUGCUUUUCUCAUCUUCCCUUUGAUGCAGCAGUUUGUGUAUCGCCGGCUCUGGGAGGAUAUAACCAACACAACUUACCCUGAGUUUGACAAUGUUACUAGAUGUGUAAAAAACUCCAGCAGCAAUGAGACAAACCAUCACGAGGAGGUUCAGAAGCAGGCAUCCCUCUUGUCCCUUUACUCCGAAUUAUUCUCUGCUAUUCCCAGCUUUAUUGUCACCAUCCUACUUGUGGCUUACAGUGACAGAGGAGGACGCAAGAUUGCCAUUAUAAUGCCUGUGAUUGGAACUCUGCUGUACAUAAGCGGCCUGCUGGCAAUUUCCUACUUUGAACUAAACAUAUACUUGACGAUUGUCUGCUCAGUUGUAAGCUCAUUGUUUGGUGGUUUUGGGACAUUUCUAGGAGGUUGCUUUGCCUACGUCGCUGAUAUAAGCAAAAAUGAGCACCAGAAGACCAUACGUUUGGCUGGUGUUGAUAUGAUUCUCGGUGUUCUGGCUGGGGUGGCAUCCUUGUCGACUGGUUACUUCCUCAAAGCAGCAGGAUUCAAUUGGCCAUUUAUAACCUCUCUUGUUGGACUGCUUUUAUUGUUGUUGUAUGUCAUUUUUGUACUUGAAGAAACCGUAAAGAAGGCCCCACCUGAUGCCUCUAGAUUGGAUACACCUCCACAGGUGUCGGCUAUCAAACAAAUGUUUUAUAGCAUUUAUCAUGUGUUUGCUAGUGGGGACUGUAGGUUCAGAACUAUACUGAUCAUGCUUUUAGUUGCUUUCAUAAUUUUUGCCUUUGCGGAUAUUGGAGGAGUAUCCCUUAUUACUCUGUAUGAGCUAAAUGAACCACUUUGUUGGACGAGCAUUAUGAUUGGAUACGGCUCCGCACUCAGCACAACGGUGUUUCUAACCAGUUUCUUUGGAGUCAUGGCCUUUUCUUACUGCAAGGUGCCUCAGACCAUCAUCGUCAUGGUGGGCUUUCUGUCCUUCAUCUUAGGCAUGAUCAUGGUGUCCUUCACUAAGACAACUGAAAUGAUGUUUUUAGUAAGAAUACCCAUGCUCCUGGCUGCUAUGCCUUUUCCCGUCCUGCGCUCCAUGAUGUCGAAGAUCGUCUCAAAGGCUGAGCAGGGAGCUUUGUUUGCCUGUAUAUCAUGCUCGGAGAGUAUAACUAACACUCUGUCAAUAGCAGCUUUUAACAGUAUUUAUGCUGCCACAGUUGGUUGGUAUUCUGGAUUGAUCUUCUUGCUCUCUGCAGGACUCUGCAUCAUCCCUUCUAUAUUGAUUGGAAUUUUGAUUGUGAUGAGAGUGGAUUUCAGCUCAAAGGACAAAGAGGUUCCCAUAGAUGAACAGGGUCUUUUCCAGGACCAGAAUGACAACAGAGAGGCCAUAAACUAAGAAAAGGUUCUCUUUCAUUUUUCUCGUGCACUAUACUGUGGUCAAAGAAAUGUUCACCGACCUACCUCCCAUAUAUGAAGCUUUUUUGUAUUAUUAUUAUUUUGCUAAUUACUUUCUUUAAAAAAAAAAAACAAUAACACAAGUUUUUUUUGUUUUUUUUUAUCCUUAAGGGAAAUAUGAUAAAAAGUCUGAAAAAGAGGUAAAGGUGGGAGUUGUAUAAAACAAGUACUAAGAAAUAAGUACUGUUUUUAAAGAUGCAAAAUCAAAUAUAUGCAAUAUAUUAUACAAUAAGACUAAAAUAUUUCAUAAGCAUAUAAAGUAAUAUGUCUGCAGUUGUUUUGUUUAAUUUUACAGUCUAUUCGCAUUUAGUGCGAGUCUUGAACCUCAUUUACAGGCACAUUUUUUAUCUCGUUUCCCACAGUUUCUGUAGAGGCUGUUGUUGCAUAGGCAAUCUUAAUUUUCAUCAUACACAAUUUAGACUAUUUAAUCAAAAUCCCUUUUCUGAACUGUACAACAAUAGUGCAACAAACAAAAAGUAUGAUUUGUUAUACCAACUUAUUUUCCAGCUUGUUUUUCUUAUAUAAUAUAUUAUAUAUAUAUAUAUAUAUAUAUAUAUAUAUAUAUAUAUAUAUAUAUAUAUAUGUGUGUGUGUAUGUAUGUAUGUGUGUAUGUGUGUAUGUAUGUAUGUGUGUGUGUGUGUGUGUGUGUGUGUGUGCGUAUUGAAAUUAGGAUUGCCUGUGCCACCAUAGCCUCUGCAGAAUUUGUGUGACUAAUAGAGUGAUUGUUUUUUUGUUUUGAUUAAUUUUCUACCUUAAAAUUUUGUGUUUGCAUAUUAAUAUGUGGGAAAACAUUUAAGUUACAUAGAAUUCAAAGUGAAAAUGUCGAAAACAAUCAUGCACUUAUUCCCUGUGCAAAGUCUGACUUUUACCAAAGUACCUUUGUUUACUUAUUGUUUACUUAUUACAUUUGGUAGACAUUUGGUAAAUCAGUGGUAGAAACUGUAAAUGUAUUAGAAAAAAAUUAAAUAAAGGGAUAUUUUCAUGCUAGUUUAGGAAUCAAACUAAAUGUGAAUUUAGAUUUUAACCACACUGCAUCAUUUGAGGAGGAUACACAAGGGAAUAUGCCUUUUUAAUAAAUAAUCAAUUCUUACUUACCAAGAUUUUAGUGCCUUAGUAGAACGUUAUAUGCGUUGGCCACUAGAUGUCACUCACGCUUCAAACAUUCGCCUCUGGCAACUGCGUGACCAAUCCUCCUGUAGGCAAUAGGUAAAAGAGUCAGUGUAAUAUUUACUACAGCACUUUUGAUAUUAACUGGAGUUGCCGUUUGUUUGUCCAUGAACACUGAAUGUUGGUCAUAUUUCUGUAAAAUAAAAUAAGAUACCACAAGUUUACACAA